UCCCCACCGACGUGCAAUAUAAGCCACAACAGACUGUCCCUUCCUUCCUUCCUUCCUUCCUUCCUUCCUUCCUUCCUUCCUUCCUUCCUUCCUUCCUUCCGUCCAUGCUCCCUACUGAUGGAGAAAAGAACCACAACCUGCAGCACCGCAGACUGCCACUAAAUACUGUCAACCCCUCUGGCUGCCAAUAUGUGUGUGUGUGUGUGUGUGUGUGUGUGUGUGUGUGUGUGUGUGUGUGUGUGUGUGUGUGUGUGUGUGUGUGUGCGCCAUGAGUGGCUGAUAGGACUCAGGUGUGCAGUUCCAAGGUCACGUGACCUAAUAAAAAGGUUCCCAGGUGAGGAUUGUUCAAGUCGGCAGCUCUCGGUGCAGGCAGAGUGUUUGUGUCCAGAGGCCCGCAGCAAUGGCGCCUUUACUCCUCGUUCUCGUCUUAGCAGGUGUGACCUCCACGCUGGCUAGCCUUGACCUUCUCUUCUCCAAAAAGAAUCUGUUGGAUUAUCACCAUAAAGAGCCCGAACGAGUUCCGGCCGACCAGCGGCGGCCCCUCAACACGGUGCGGGUGACCUGCCGUCCCGACUCCUUGGAGAUCCUGAUUCAAGCCGACCUGUUUGGCGCGGGGAUGCCGGUCCACAGUUCCGAGGUGCGCCUCGGAACCGCGGAGCGUGAAAACACCCGUUGCGGCGCCACGCCGUCCUCCGAUCAGGAGUACAAAAUAGUGGUUGGCCUUCUGGACUGUGGCACCAAAUAUUGGAUGACUGACGUGUCUCUGGUCUACACCAACCUGCUCAUCUACACUCCGGCAGCCUCGCCCGAUGGCCUGAUCCGAAUGGACGGGGCGGUCGUUCCGAUCGAGUGUCACUACGCCAGGUGCUACAGUCUGUCCAGUUCUUCCAUCAUGCCCACCUGGAUCCCCUUCAUGGCCACACAAGCUGCAGUGGAAACUCUGGACUUUAAGCUCCGAAUCAUGACAAACAAUUGGCAGUACGAGAGGAGCGCCAACGUGUACUACCUGGGCGAGCCAAUUCUCCUGGAGGCCUCGGUCCGCCGGGGCCAUCACGUGGGCCUGCGAGUGUUCCUGAGCAGCUGCGUGGCCACGCUGCAGCCAAACAUCCACUCUGUGCCCAGAUAUGUUUUCAUCGAAGACGGGUGCUUGUUGGAUUCCAAGCUUCAGUCUUCCAAAGCUCGCUUCUUAGCGAGGACACAAGACGAUAAGCUGCAAUUGGUGAUUGAUGCCUUCAGGUUCCACGACGAAGACAGAGGAGAGCUUUACAUCACGUGCCUCCUGAACGCGGUGCCCGUCCACGAUACGGAAGCGCCCAACAAAGCGUGUACUUUUGUCAACGGGAGGUGGCGUUCGGUUGACGGCAACGACUACCUGUGCGGCUAUUGCCAAAGUCAAGGCAAAGUUGGCAAUGCUCACAGUCAGCCUGCCAAGUUUGGUCCUCGUGGUUUCGGCAAGCCAGCGAAACCACGAGCUGCUCAAUUGAAGAGCAAACUUCCUGCCGGUGGGUGGGAGCAUCAGGCCAAAGUUGGUCCCGUGUUGGUUCUGCCCAAGCAGAAAAGUUGGACUAUUCCUGAAGAGGAGCUGCCGCCAGUGCUUCAAAAGAUGACUAGGCCUGCUCUGUACGGCAGCCAGUGGCAGAGCGGCCUCAAGCCUUUGAAAGAACCAGAGAAGGGGGUCAUUCCUGGCCUGUUCACUGAAGACCUGCACCAGGAUGACCUCACCUCUGACGGAAACGUCCACCUCAUUGACGGCACAAGUGAAAACGACCUGAAAGAUGGUGAUGAUGAUGAAGAAAGUAAAGUCCCUGAGCCAACACCCACCCUGCCAAGUGGACAUGACUACUUCACUGAGCAUCCUCAGGUGGAUUUCACCCCUGUCUCCAACUUGACUGAUGCCUCUGACAAAUCUAUGAAGGAGUCAAAGAGAUAA